AUGCCAAAUAGAUUCGGUGACCUCUCCUUCUGCAUCCACACUCCAAAUCAAAUGGAGCAGCUACCCUGGUGCGACUGUUUAUGUCCUAGACUUGAGGGUUGUGAACUCUACCACUAUUGCCCCUGUGAUGCUAAUGCAGACGUCGCCCAGCACGGAAAGGGUGGUGCAAGGUUUAAGACCUGGAACUGUAUAUGAGGUUACGUUAAAAGUUUAUCAGAUUCUGUAUAAUCCUGCGUGUACAGUUACUGUGACGGCAAAAACUGUUCCUGGAACGUCUCAAAUCACAUUUUCCAGAGCAACUAACAGCUCAUCUUUGCAGUUUGAGUGGUCUCAAGUGAUCGGAGCAGACAGAUAUAUCUUAGUUGUGGAAGAGUUGAACAGCGAUCCUCUAAAGAGCUCUAAUUGGACUUUCACAUCUUUAAGUGGACAAGUGUCUGGUCUGUCCCCUGCGACUCGUUAUGCCAGUUAUAUUUACGCUGAAAACAGUGCAGGAAGAGGUGCCAAAAGUACCAUAAGGACCAUUGUAACAUUGGUGCAGCCACCUCUGGGUUUGACAGUGACCACGAAGACAGCCAGUUCUGUUCAAGUUCAGUGGAACCCCGUGGACAAAGUCUUACAGUACCUAGUGACUGUGAGAGACGCCAACAACCCCAACAGCCCGGCCAUCAAAAAUAUCUCGUCCACAUCUACAGAAUUCACAAGUCUGAAGCCCUGCUCCACGUUCACAGUGGAAGUAUCAUCAUACAACAUCUUCUUAGUGCCUGGAGAGCCAUCUAUUGUUACAUACACUACCUCCUCCAUCAACGCAGUAACUACAACCUCUACAGCCUACAACUGCACAAAUGGGUCUGUCACAGUUUCUUGGGAUGGGGUGUUUGGGGCCAGCUUGUACAGGGCCACAGCUGUUGAUGGCACAGGGGCCUCCUUGAACUGCACAUCAGCUUCCACCAGCUGUCAGAUCAGCAUGCUCACAUGUGGAGAGCGGUACCAGGUCCGAGUCACGGCCAUUUCUGGCAGCUGUGAAAGCACCUCCAACACCUCGGCCAUCUUUGAGACCGUGCCCUGUGCUCCGGCUAACCCUCAAACAGAACAUGUGUGCUUGUCUGACAUGAUCGUACUCAGCUGGCAGCCCACCAACAACACCAUCUACUACGAGGCGACGGCUGUGGACAGCAAAGGCAAAGCGAUCCUGUGCAGGACCCUGGACAGCACUUGUUUCUUCACCAACAUUGGCUGUGGUCAGCGUUACACAUACACAGUCCUUGCAGUGAGCUAUGAGUGCAGCAGUCAACCCAGCAUGCCAAAGGUCAUGCAGUCCUCUCCCUGUGAGCCAACAAACGUCAGGACAGCUGCUCACUGUGACACUGGAAAACUCAUCACAACCUGGGAGCCGUCUGCAGGAGCUCUUUUCUACAACGUGGAAGCCAUGGGGAACAACGGGGAACUGUACAAAUGCUCCUCCCCAAACAAUAGCUGUGAAAUUACCGGUGUACCGUGUGGCGAGUUUCUCAGCGUGUGGAUUGUUGCCUCCAAUGACAACUGCUCCACUGGCAAUGUGUUGGGACCAGCUGCUCAGACUAAUCCAUGUGUCCCCUCCAAUGUCGAGGUAUCAAAAACGUGCAGCCCAGAUUCUGCAACAGUCAACUGGCUGGCAAGCAAUGGAGCUAUUUUCUAUUAUGCCACUGCUCAAGAUGCAAAUGGAAACCCGCAUGAGUGCUUCUCACUGGGAACCAGCUGCUCAAUCAGUGGAUUAAAAUGUGGGCAAAAUUAUACAGCCAGCGUUAGUGGAAAUAAUUUUUAUUGCAACAGCACACAAAGCCAGGAGGUCGCGUUUACAACAGGACCCUGUGCUCCAGCCAACGUUGAAGCUUUCGCAGAAUGUGAUACCAAUCAUGCUGUGGUGAAUUGGCAGAACAACCAAAACUAUGGCCAUUACUCAGCAAUGAUAGAGGACGGGAGCGGAGCCAAGCUCACCUGCACCAGCGACAGAUUCAACUGCAGCAUCAGCCCUUUGCCCUGUGGAAAAAAGCUAAACGUUACCGUGACCUACACCAAUGGAAACUGCUCAUCCACAUCAACACCUGUUAGCAUGGACUCAGUCCCUUGUGCUCCAGAGGAUGUGAAGGUUAGUGUGAACUGCAGCACCGAGGAACUGACCAUCACCUGGAGCAGUUCAUCUCCUGCAGAGGAAUACUCUGCCAUCAUCUCUGGAGGAACAGGCCAGCCUUUGUACUGUAACUCCACAGACUCCCACUGUACUUUGAGGGGGUUGAGGUGUGGAAGCCGCUACAAUGUGACCGUUUCCUCUUUUAAUGGGUCGUGCUUAAGCCCACCGAGUUCAGAGGUCACGGCGUUAACAUCACCAUGUCCUCCCACCAACGUCUCAGCCAUGCACACCUGUGCUCCAGAUCCUGUUCCUGUGUCAUGGGCCGCCACUGGAAUAAACGCCAAACAGUAUACGGCUGUGGCUGUGAGCCACAGAGGUCACAAGUCUGAGUGCACAACUAAUCAAACCUCAUGCAGUCUGUCUGGGCUUCAGUGUGGGGAGACGUACUAUAUACAUGUUUCAGGAGCAAAUGACAACUGUUUCAGUCAAGACAGCAGCCCUGUCUCCCUGCACACAGAGCCGUGCCCUCCCUCCAACGUGACCAGCCAGCUGAUCAACGGAACAGCUCAUGUGACCUGGAGCCCUGGUGCCAACGCCGCCGGCUACAAUGUAAAAGCCACGAGCCACAGUCACAGCAUCACUUGCAGCAGCUUCACCUCCAACUGCACGCUCAGUGACCUGGUCUGCGGCCAGGACUAUUACAUUCGGGUAUCUGCCACGGAUGGGACAUGUGCUAGUAACUACAGCGCUCCCUUUGUGCAAAAUCAAGUGCCAUGCUCUACUUGGAAUUUCACCACAGACCUGAAAUGUGAGACCAAUGAGCUCCUGGUGAGCUGGAACGCUUCUUUCUCGCAGCUCAACUACAGUGUCACCGCUGCGCCAAUGGAUGGUAACAUCCCUCCAGUCACCUGCCAUACCAACAACGCCAGCUGUCUUCUUAGUGGCCUUCAGUGUGGACACUCUUACAACGUCUCCAUCAAAGUGUCUUCUGACACCUUCAGCGGACCCCCGAGCCCUUCACAGACAGUUAAAACAGCUCCAUGUUCUCCUACCAUCCAGAGUAGCACUCUGAUCUGUGGCAACAGUUCCUCUCUGGUGUCCUGGGCUUCAGUGUCUGACGCCAUGGGUUACAUAGUGAAGGCAAAAUCCACUAAAGGGCACCAGGUUUCCUGUAGCACCACCACCACAACCUCAUGCACCCUUACAAAUCUCUCAUGUAGUGAGACCUACGUGGCCAAGGUCACAGCCCAAGGACAGCAGUGUGACAGCGCUCCCGGCCCGAGCACCAACAUCACCACCACUCCAUGUCCUCCAGCUGUCAUAUCAAGGCAGUACAACUGUGGCACCAACACUGCAGUAUUCAGCCUUUCCAACCCAGUUGAAAAGCUCACCUUCCUUGCUCAGCUGGUUGGAGCCGGAUACAAGGACAGCUGCCUCACGAGCAAUGCCAGCUGUGUGUUCCAAAGCCUUCCAUGCGGCUUGGAUUUAAAUCUGACUGUGCAAAGUCAGGGAUCAGAGUGCAACAGCAGCAUUAGUGUCAGCGAACCCCUUCAAACAGCCCCCUGCCCUCCAGAGAAUGUGAGCGCCACAGUCCUGUGCUCCAAUCAUUCAGCACUGAUAACAUGGGUGGGGCGUCCUAAUGCCUUGGGGUACAAUGUGACAGCAAAAAGCCUGGGAGGCGACAUCCACAGCUGCCACACCAACACCAGCAGCUGUGAAGUGACAGACAUUAAGUGUGGGGAAACCUACAGCGUAGAAGUCACAGCGUACACACAGACGUGCACGGGAUCCCAGAGUCUACCUCACAGAUUUAGAGCAGGUGUUUGUCCUCCAAGUAACGUCACUGUGCUGGCGACUUGCGAGCCCAGAACCAUCUCAUGGUCAACUGCUACUUGGGCUGAAGCGUACAUUGCGACAGCCACAGCAGCAGAUGGACAUACUCAUACUUGUAGCUCAAACUAUUCAAACUCGUGCAAUUUCACUGAUCUUCACUGUGGAGAAACAUAUUCUGUCACGGUUGUAAGUGGGAAUGGGAGUUGCUGGAGCGAACCAAGUUCCCCGGUGCAGCUGAGAGCAGCUUUGUGUCCACAUGCCAACCUGACUGCCCACGUCAACUGCAACACCAGCAGAGUGGACCUCAUGUGGAGUUCAGUGGCAGCACCUUCCUAUGUCAUAAGGGUGGAAAAUAUUGGCGGUGUAGCCCUACCUGUAGACUACACCACGCCCAACAUUUAUCUUUCUCUAUCUAACCUGGCCUGUGGAGAAAGAUAUGCUUUCAGCCUAGCAGUUCAAGAUGGGAAUUGCCAAAGCAGCUUCAGCCCACCCAUUGUACUAAGCACAGUUCCGUGUCAGCCCUCAAACCUAACCGUAAAUGUGGACUGUGGGACAAACAAUGCCAACUUCUCCUGGGCUGAAAGCAGUGGAGCAAGUUUAUACACAGUCGAGGUGAAAGGAGCGAACGGCCACACGGCAUCCUGCUCCUCCAACACCACCUCCUGCUUGGUGAAACUGCCCUGUGGAAACACAUACCAUGCCACGAUGGUAGCCUCAACAGAGAGCUGUAACACCAACAAAAGCACUGUAAUGUUCUUUGAGUCUGCUCCAUGUUUGCCAGAAGGCAUUGUGGCAAAGUUAGAUUGUGAAUCCCACAUUAUUAACGUGAACUGGACUCACACUAACGGCUCAGAUGACUACACCGCCUGGGCCAUCAGCUCAGAUGGACACAGAGUCUCCUGCAACUCCACAACAAAUUCCUGCUCCAUCCACGAUCUCCUGUGUGGCAAGAUCUAUGAGGUGGCCGUCACCUCCUCCUCAAUCAAAUGCCAAGUUAUUGCUGGCUCUGACUAUAAGAUUCAGUCAUAUCCAUGUGCACCAAUAAAUACAACCGUUGAGCAGAACUGUAGCUCCAACUGCAUGACAGUGAAGUGGCACGACAACAGCACAGCUCAGAACUACACUGUGAAAGCCACCUCUGCCUCAGGUGUGAACUCCACCUGUGAAUCCAGCAACAGCAGCUGCUCCUUCCUGGAUUUAAGCUGCAGUCAGCUCUACUCCUUCACUGUGAUGGGACACAGCAAUGUUUGCAGGAGUGAUGUGAGCACUCCCAUCAUAAGCUACACCGCUCCGUGUCCUCCAACCAAUUUGUCAGCAGAGCUGAACUGUACGACCCGCAAUGCUGUGGUCAGUUGGAGAACUGUGACCACAGCUGUAUUCACAGCCAACAAUGUCCAGGCAACCUCCCCUGAUGGACACAACUCCUCCUGCAGCAGCAUGGGAUCCUCCUGUAACCUUGAUGACCUCGUUUGUGGGCAGAAGUACUCUGUUGUUGUGGAGGCGAUCAACGCUGGUUGCCCUGGUCCUGCCAGUGCUCCUACAUUCCUCACUGCAGAGCCCUGCAUUCCCAUGAAUAUUUCUACUCACUACAACGCGAGUGCUGCCUGGGUGACGUGGAGCGCUGCAGCCGGGGCCAGUUCCUACACAGUUCAGGCUGUGACAGACUCGGUUGCCCCAGUGACCUGUGGCGGCAGUAACAGCAGCUGCCACCUGGGCGGCCUGCAGUGCAGUCGGAUGUACAACGUGACGGUUACAGCACAUAAUCAGGCCUGCAGUAGUCUGCCCUCAGAAACGACACACCUGCUGACAGAACCAUGCCCACCUACAAAUGUUCAAGCCAGUUUGGAAUGUGAAAAACUCAUUGCCACCGUGUCCUGGCAGCAGAGUCACCUUUCUGUGGGAUACGUUGCCUAUGCAGACAACAAAAAUGGACACAGCACCUCCUGUUUUAGUGCAAACACCACUUCCUGCAACCUUUCAGGACUGAUGUGUGGAAAUGUCUACAGCGUUUGGGUCAAGGCUCUGGGAGAGCAGUACAACAGCUCGGACAGUUCUGUUGUUUCUCUUACAACAGCACCUUGUGAGCUUGGCAAUGUCAAGGCCAACAUGAACUGUGUGGCCCACACAGCAACAGCAUCCUGGCAAUCCAGCUCUGGAGCUUCCAACUAUGUAGCCGUGUUAGCAACUUCAUCGGGCCACGUUAAAAGCUGCACCACCAACAGCACCAGCUGCCAGCUGAGCUCCCUGCAGUGCGGAGAGAAAUACAACCUCACUGUGAAGGCUCUUGGAGAUACUUGUAACCAAACUACUCUAAUGGCAGGAUACCUCAUCACUGAGCCUUGUGCACCCGUGAAUCUCUCCGUCCUAUAUAACAUGAGCACUGCUCAGGUAACGUGGGCCGGAGCAAAAGGUGGAAGCUCAUUCUCUGUCGCUGCCGUCAACAACCAAGACCCGACAGUCACCUGCAACUCUACAAACACCCAGUGCUCCCUGGUGGGUCUGAAGUGCAGUCAGAGCUACAACAUCACCGUGAUGGUGGCAGAUCCUACCUGCAACAACACAGUUACCUCAGAGCCCUACCAGCUCAUGACAGAGCUCUGCCCCCCUACAAACGUUCAAGCCAGUUUCAAAUGUGAAACUCUCGCUGCCACAGUGUCCUGGCAGCAGACUGGCUUUGCUCUUGGUUAUGUUGCUUAUGUGGACAAUAAAAGUGGACACCAAAUCUCCUGUGUUAGCUCCAAUGCCACCUCAUGCAGCAUUUCGGGCCUGAUGUGUGGGACUGUCUACAGUGUCUGGGUCAAGGCUCUGGGACUGCAGUACAACAGCUCGGACAGCUCCGCCAUCUCUCUUAUGUCAGGGCCUUGCCAGCCAAAAAUACCUUCCGUUCAGGUUCCCUGUCAAAGCGAUGAGGUCCAGAUCUCCUGGAAUCAAACAGAUGGUGCUGUGAAUUACCUGGUCAGGACUGCAGGGAAUCGUGGGUAUGUGAAGACCCACAACCUGACACAAAGCUUUCUGCAUGCCCCUUUACCGUGUGGACAAGAGUUCAACGUCACCGUUCAAGGACAGGGCAGCGUGUGUGACAGCAUCCCCAGCAGUCCUGCCUUCUUCAAAACAGGCCCAUGCAUCCCCUCAAAUGUGACAACCCAAGUGCAGUGCAAGUUUAAUCAGGGCUCUGUCAGCUGGACGCAAAGCGAUGGUGCUGAAUCCUAUGUUGCCGUGGCAACUGGUCUCGAUGGUCACACCCACCAGUGUCUCACCAAUACCACCUCCUGCACCUGGGACGACCUGCACUGUGGGAAGGAGUACACUGUUGUAGUGAGAGCAAAGGCCGUCAACUGCAGCAGCCUGCCGAGCAACAGCUCCAUCAUUUACACAGACCCCUGUGCACCGCAAAAUAUGGAUGCAACCGUUAACUGUGGAACAAAAGUUGUUGCUUUGAACUGGAACUCUCCCAAUGGGACUUAUUCGUACACAGUAUCAGCCGAGGGGGGAGAUCAAUCAGUUAGUCUCCACACCAACACAACCACAGCUCUCUUCUCUGAGCUCAUAUGUGGACAAAACUACAGUCUGAGAGUCACACCCCAAAACCAACACUGUGCCGGAAACUACAACGCACCUGCCUCUGUGCUGACCUGGCCAUGCAUACCUACAGGAGUUGUUGCAUCACAGGCUUGCCAAUCCAACUCUGUCAAUGUAACAUGGCAGCCAAGCAAUGGCUCAGAGCAUUACUCCGCCACUGUGAAAACAGAGACCGGCGUUUCAGAAGUGUGCACAACCGAAAACAGCUCAUGCAGUGUUCCUGCAGUGACGUGUGGACAAAACUACUCUGUGUCCGUCACAGCUUCCAACAAACAGUGUAAUGUCACUUCCAGUCAAACCACAAAUGUGAAGUCAGUGCCUUGUAGUCCCACGAAUGUCUCUGUGUUUCUGGAUUGCCCCAACAACUCUGCCGUGGUGUCCUGGUCUGCCAGUCGUGGUGCUGUGCAGUACUCAGUGACCGCGAUCAGCAGUCACCUUAAUGACAGCUGUCAGACAUCUGGUCUCACCUGUCGCCUCAGCCUUGCAUGUGGCAGCCUCUACACGGUUCAGGUGGUUGCUAUGGAUGAUAACUGCUCUAGUAUUCCCAGCAGUCCUGUGGCGUUCAGCUCAGGCCCCUGCCCACCUGGGAAUGUGAGUGCCCAGAUGACAUGUCUGUCAAACAACAUGACCGUUUCCUGGGAUGCCAUCAGAGAUGCUGACCACUUUUUGGUUUCAUUAACUUCUUUGAAUGGAACCAUUAAAUUGUGCAACACCACAACUACUGCAUGCUCCAUCAGCAAUGUUACAUGUGGAGAAACAUUUACCAUCCAAGUCACCUCUGUGAGAGGCAAUUGCCUCAGUCAGCCCCAUCAAACUUCAAGCAUCCAGACAGCUCCCUGCCAACCCAAAGGAGUAAAUGGUUACCUUGACUGUGUAUCAAACUCUGCCUGGAUUUCGUGGGAUUCUGCUCUUGGAGCGAGCAACUACACAGUGUCAGCUGUGGGUUCAGGGAUCUCUACAACCAACUGCACUUCUAUCACAGACACUAGAUGUGAGGUGAAGGACCUGGCCUGUGGUGUAUCUUUCAGCUUCACAGUCACAGCUGCAAACAGCUGGUGUGACAGUCAACCAAGUGCUUCUUAUAGCUUGGAAACAGCCCCCUGUUUGCUCUCUGCAAUCACCGCUUUCGCUCAUUGCCACAACUCCUCCAUCCUGGUGGUGUGGGAUCUGAAGGGAAGUGGGGGAACCUCCGCAUAUAUCGCCACAGCGGAAGCGAGUGACCACACUUUUCUGACCUGCAACAGCACUAGCAACAGCUGCUACCUGUCUGGGGCAAAGUGUGACCUUCAGUACACCAUCAUAGUCGCAGCAUCUUCAAACCGCUGCAGCAGUCUGAGAAGUCCUCCAUACAAAAUUAGCAUGGAGCCCUGUCCUCCCAAAAAUGUAACGGUAGAUGCUUCCUGUGAAACUCACAGUGCUGUGAUAUCCUGGACUUAUUCUCCUGUUGCUGAAUUUUACCAAGUGGUAGCGACGGCUGUGGAUGGUCACAAGCAUAUUUACAACACCUCCUCCACCAGCUUCAGCCUCACGGAGCUCCACUGUGAUGAGCAGUACACAGUUUCUGUGACUGCAAGUCAAGAGAACUGCUCCAGUAAGGCCAGUCAAAAUGUAACCCUGAGCACAGGUCCUUGCCAGCCAAAUAACGUCUCAGUUUCCUACAACUGUAGCAGUCGCUCUGCAUUGCUAACAUGGAUUCCCAGUAAAAAUUCAGAAAACUAUUUUGGCACCGUACAAGCUGGAAGUGGAGACAACAUUUAUUGUCACAACACAAACCCAACCUGUACCAUUGAUAAUCUUAAAUGUGGCGUGUCAUACAAUUUCUCUGUCCAAGCCUCUGAUGGGACAUGCAACAGCUCCCUCAGUGACCUGGUGCAGUUUGGAGGAGCUCCUUGUCCCCCCGAUGGCCUCAAGGUGCGGGUGCUGCCAAUGGAGAUGGAAGUGCAAUUGUUGCACUUCAGCUGGACGCAUGUCACCUGUGGAGACAUUGAGUACCUGUUGACUUUGACGGGAAGUCUGCAAGGAGAUGACAGGUCAAACCUGUUUCAACUCUCAUCCUACUGGUCGAGUACAAAUCUCUUUGAGAUUCCUCUCCCCUGCAGUUCAUCCUACACUGCCAUGCUGCAAAGUAGGAACUCUGCAGGAACAAGUGGCAUGUCUGCACCCCUCAAUGGAACAACAGCUCCCUGUCCACCGACAGGAAUAGUGUUCAGCGGUAACAGCUCAUUUGCCAAGGUGUCAUGGAAUAGGACCGUGUUUGCCACCACCUACACUCUUUAUGACAACAGUGUAAAGCCAAGGGUCCAGCUUUGCAACACUACCACGCUAUCCUGCUCUUUGUUCAAUCUAAUUUCCAAUAAUCUGGUGAUCACUGCGAGCAACGCAGCAGGAGAAAGCCAAGCAGCAAGCGUCCCCAAUGUGGUACUGCAACGCAGGAGGAGAGACCUCGGGGCGCAAUUGUCCACAGAUGGAAGAGCCUCAGCUCCUCUGCUGGAGGUAACACAGGUCACGCCAACAGCCAUUUGGCUCCAGUGGUCUUCAGUGGAGAAUGCUUCACAUUACAGCCUGCUGAUCACCAAACAAGGCAGCUCCGACAGUCAGACGCUGACCGUAUACGGAGAGAGCAUAAGUGUCACCAGCCUGAGCCCCAACAUCACCUACUGCUUCUCUGUGACAGCUGCAAAUGGACCACAGUCAGAGCCUGUCUGCACACAAACAAAUCAGGCCUUGCAGUAAAUAAAAGGCUUCUGUUAACAAAACUGAAAUAUUCUAAUUAAAUGUAAUAUUAGCUUAUCUUUAUAGUAUGUCAAGAUCUCAAAAGUUUAAAUAACUUGUGCUUUUUCUGCAAAUCUUUAGAGGUUUGAUUUUGUGAUUUAAGGCUACAUUUGAUUCAACCUUUACACUGCAAGCCUUUGAUUUCAGCUUAAAGAGCCACUCUAAUGUGUUCUUGGUGUUUUUAACAUGUUCUUGUGGCAUUCUUCUGAUGAUGGAGGACCUAUAUAAAGAAAAUUAUUCCUAAAAUUGUAUUUCUGAGUCAUUCCUUCAUUCUAAUCAUUAUGAUUUAGGAGCAGACGUAAAAAUGAUCUAAGAAAAAAAAAAGCACAUUUGUCUCAUUACUGGGGAGAGGAAGGGGGCGGGGUUUCUAUGCGCCAACGGUCCCACCCACAAUUUAGACAGGAAUUUCUAAUGAACCAGUUUUUUUUUCCAACUGCAUAAUCAUAGGACCACUGGGAAUGGCUUUUAAACAGAUGUAAAGAUGAUCUGAGUAGGUCUCUAAGUUCUAAUGCUUUUAAUAAAAUAUUUUAUCACCAUUUUCUGGAUAAGUUCACUAGAUUUGUUUCCGACUUCUCUUAACAGUAAAUUAGCCCAUAACAUUAACAUUAGACUAGGAAGUGAAUAAAUAUGAUCAUAUUUACUGUAAUUAUCUUUAAUAUGAAGUGUUUUUAUUUUACAUUCUAAUAAAGCUGUCAUGCAUUAAAUUUAUGUUUGUUGAACAAAAACUACAUUUCCAUUCAAAGUUGCAACACAAGUGUCACUUAUAAAAGUGUUUAUUAGAAAACAAAAAUGCAACAGAGCAACUCAUUCACAACACAAGCAGGGAUGACUGUGUGGUAAAAACGACUUUCCAGACUUCCCAUCAGAAGACCAAAACAUUCUGACUGUCUGCACACCAUUUUGGGCCCAAUCUUGAAAUCAUAAUUUGUGUACUGCGCUCUGAAAUAUUUUAAAUCUUUAAAAAUCUUGGUAUUGCUUUUAUGGAGCCAAAAAAAAACAACAGGUUUUUCUAUACAAGUUAUGCAAAAUGUAUAUGCUUACGUUGUAGGGUCAAAACGUUGAGUUUAACUCUGCUAAAUGUGUGCAGACCACCUCAAAAUGUUAUUUACAAGCUCAGGUCUUCUCUGCUCAAAAACAACCAUAGAAAAUUAAAAACCUUUUUAGUCGCUUUACAGAUUUCGAGUGAGGACCAACACUGCUCUGGAGGAGCAAACAGCAGAAAAAAA